AUGACGGGCCCGAUCCACACCUACGGUCCAAGCUGCUUGCUAGUAGAUGAGCCGCUUCUGACUGACUCUCAGUCAUCUUUGCCAGAGAUUCGGACACAGUUUUUCUACAUAUCAUCACUGCCGAUCGAUGAUCCACUCGCUCCUCUGCCGCCUCCUGCAAACCAGGCGGCCGGUACUGAGAGACUACCUCCCAAGCCAUUUUCAGCCAGGGAUAACAUCGCCUUGGAAGAGGCUUGGCGCGAUUUACGGGAAACGAGAAAGACCAAAAAUGCUGCAAGCAACAAAUUCAGGUCAAAUACAGUGAUCCGACCAUCCGGGAUAGCUGUACCUGGUCACGGUCCGGUAUCAAAUAUUGAGCCUCACCACAAUAUAACCGGUCGAGAUGAGUCUUCCCUGGUCGGCAGCAAGGGAAGCACUCUAAGCAACCCUCCUUUUUUCCCGGAAGAACUGCCCUCUCAAAGUCAUCGGAGUCACAUCGCUUUUGCUUCCAGUAGUGCUGGCAUACAGGCACAAAAUUUUACCAAGGAUAAACAUUCAUGCUCUUCGUCAAACGAUGGAGUGAAGAACGACACUGCUAAAGGCAUUGAUACUGACAGAAAACGGGCACGUUCUUCUUCAGUCACUGAGUCUAGCGCAACCAAGCGAAGAAGCAGCUCUCCGCCGGAGACCGAUGAUGUAGAUGAAGCUGAAGAGGAGGUUGGAAGUCUCCGGGCUAAUCGUUCUCGCGAUGCAAGUAUAAGUGGCUCUCCGUUCAUACGAGCGCCGAUAUCUCAGUCCCAAACGCCUCUUGGUCACUCAUUUGAGUCGGGAUCAUCGAAGGAAGGAGGUCAGGAUUGGCAUGCUGAUGUUCGAACCAGUGCGCCUCGCAGUGCUCCAAAGCCUUCGGGUCUCAGAACAACUGUCAGCCUGGAUCACUUAACACAGGAUUCCCAAGAUGAGAGGACUGAAGAGCCAAACUCAGAAUCGAAAAUCCCGGUGGGUGUCUCUCGGCUUCAUUUAGUUGAAUUGCCGAGUCUCAAGAUGAAACCAAUUUACUGGAGUCCCCUUCAAGAUAUCUCAAACGUGGUACGAGCCACCUGGUUCUACAAAAAUUCAAUGUACCCCGUUGAGACAGAACUCGCGAACAAGUUGGAGGAGGGAUAUGCUUACCUCAAGCCAUGGACCGACACUUGGCAAGAUGAACUAAACAGUUGUGUGGAUAACGGCGCUGAUGCUGAGUUGAAGAUUGUUCACCCCUUGUGGACAAAACAGUCCGCUUCUGGCACUCAGUCUGCAAGCACACAGGAUGCUCAGAGGGGUGAUACUCAUUUAGAUGAAGCUGCCGAUACCGCGACAUUCGAUUGGAAUCAAGCUGCUGGUGGCACCGCCGCUCAUGCCGAAAAUAUCAAGGCAUACCUCACAUCCAGCGCCAUUUACGUCAAUGCAACCGAAGCCCAAGUGCUGCGACCCAGUUUACUACCCUCGGCCUCGAGGGGGCGACGACCUCUUGGUGCAAUCAGGAAGGGUCGGCAGAUCGGUAUACCCGUGGUUCGGGGCUUUAGUAGGAAGUUGUGGGAACAACUUCACCCAUCAAAGGCCAAUCCUAUCGAUGUGCGCCACUACAUCCGCCAAACGCAGUCUCAGAAAACCUCUGCGCCGGGUGAACAGGUAUGCUAUGCGUGCAAGAUGGAAGAGUCACGACCGCCUCCCACAGACCUUGUCCUUGUCAUUCAUGGUAUCGGACAAAAGCUUUCUGAAAGAAUGGAAAGCUUCCAUUUCACUCAUGCUAUCAAUGCAUUCCGACGAGAGGUGAAUAUGGAGCUCAAUAACGAGCCUGUGUGGCCCCACGUGCGCAAAGAUCAUGGGGGGAUUAUGGUUCUCCCUGUUAAUUGGCGCACAAAGCUAUCACUAGAUGAUCCCGAUGUUGAGUCCAGUAUCGAUGAUCCAGGCAGCAACAACUUUUCUCUUGACGAUAUUACACCCCAAACUCUUCCAGCUAUUCGAUCCCUGAUCAGCGAUGUCAUGCUUGACAUUCCAUACUAUCUAUCACACCACAAACCUAAGAUGGUCAAGGCUGUGGUAAGAGAAGCGAACCGCGUGUAUCGUCUUUGGUGUAAAAACAACCCAGGGUUCCAAGACCACGGGCGUGUUCAUCUUAUUGCUCAUUCACUUGGAAGUGUUAUGGCUGUCGACAUCCUCAGUCAACAGCCAACACACGUUCCUCAUUUCGAUUUCUCCAACACGGCUUUGCAUAACGACAUCUUCGAGUUCGAUACAAGACAUCUGUUUCUCUGUGGAAGCCCAGCUGGGUUCUUCUUGCUUCUCAAUAAAGCUAGCCUUCUUCCCCGGAAGGGUAGAGAUAAGCCAGGUGGUGAUGGCGAUGAUUUACUUCGUGGAGUCGCCGGCGAAGCGGGACAAUAUGGCUGUCUGGCUGUGGAUAAUCUGUACAACAUCAUGCACACAACUGACCCAAUUGCGUACCGCGUCAACGCAGCAGUGGACUCAGAGCUCUCGAACACGCUCAAAAUGGGCACCAUCCCCAGUUCCACAUCCUCCUUCUGGCAAUCCUUUGGCAGUGUCUUCCGCUGGAGCUCCACGCCAUCAACAUUGCUAGCCUCUACGGUCCCUACUCGCCCCGCAGCAAUCUCCAAGCUCCCAUCCAAUGUUGAGCUCGAGACGCACGACUUUACUCGCGAGGAGAUCGCCGAGAAGCGCAUGUUUUUGCUCAACGACAACGGCCAGAUCGACUACUGCCUGUCUGGCGGUGGUGGCCCUCUAAAUAUCCAGUACCUCAAUAUGCUCAGUGCCCACAGUAGUUACUGGACUCUGGGUGACUUUGUGCGCUUUUUGGUUGUGGAGAUUGCGAGGAAGCAGGGAAGAGAUGGGACAUUGCUUGCUUUUAGAGCCGAGAAGAAGAAGGGGUGGAAGUACUCGAAGGGGUGA